CUAACUGAGCAGGAGAAUAAGUUUUAACUGUUGUAACUGGACUGUCCUGAGUGAACCCGCUAUUAUUCCGGAUUUUACCCAGAUUUAAUCCGGGUCUGAGGCUCCGCUGCAAACAGGAUGGUUCGGGGUUUGCAGGUCUGUAGGUCUGAAGACUGUUUAACUCCCUCUGGAGGGCAGCUGUGGAACUGCACCUGCACCACCAGCUAACAGCUAACAGCUAACAGUCCUGUGGUUGGUGUUGAGGCUGUUGAUGGCCACAGGAGUGAACUACUGGAGCUCUUAUGAACCCAGUUACAAGGUGAGUGAGAGUGUGUGGGGCGGAGAACAGGAUUCCAGCAGCGAGGAAGGAGGAGGAGGGGUCACAUGGGAAACACCUGCCAUGGAGGUCAAAGGUCAACUCAUCUUAGCACCUGACCCUCUCACCUGUCCGGACAGGAAGCAGAGGGAGCGAAUGGCAGAGCUACAGGAGAGGAGGCGGAGCCUGCAGGCGCUGCUGAGCACGCGACUGGCUGAGCUCAGACGCAUCUGUCUGCAGGAGGCGGAGCUGACAGGUGCAGUGCCCAGUGACUUCCCCCUGGAGGCAGGAGAGAAACCCCCCUGUGUCCGGCGGAGAGGGGGGGUGUCCCGCCAAGCAAACAGGAAGUGUAGAGCAGAGGAAGAAGACUGUCAGCGUUCGAAGCCGAAAAAAAAUUUAUUCAGUGGAGCUCUGAGGAAACACAGCGACUCCGAACACAACACACACAAUCAGACACACACACACCACGGCAAGAGGACUGUACACAGAGGCUGCCACACAGAUGACACAGUGAGGUCAGAGAGCAGCUCAACAUCAGACUCAACAGGACAUGACAAAGAUGAUGGUGUGUCUCAGUGUCGGCCCCCGCUGGUCUCUGCUGGUUCUCCAGUGGAGGUUUUCUACCAGAACAAAACCGGAAGGAGCUCUCUGCACAACAGAAAAAAGAACAGAUCAGCUCUUCCAGGAAGACAGAGCAUCCAGAGACUCUUCAGACCCACAAGCCCCUCCCCCUGCCUCCCUCCCACCCACCCCCCCUUCCCCNCCCCCCUUCCCCUGCAUCCUCCCCCUCGCUCUCAGGACUCCUCCUCCUCCGGCCCCUCAGAUGCAGGAGCAGUGGGUGAGGCGGGGGUCAAAGUUAACGCAGCUCAUCGCAGUAACAGCUCAGAUGGCCACCUAGACCGCAUCAACUUCCCGGAGGAGGAGGGGGGGCCACAGCAGGGAGGACUGUGGGUAAAUGGUCUGCCGGGGUCCAGAGGAACAAACGCCACUGGUGCAUUCAGGAGCUCUGAGACGCUGACGGACGGAUGGACAAGGACGAAUAACAGACCUGUGGAGGGAGGAGCGAUGGGAGGAGGGGCAGGGCGUGGAAGAGGGGGAGGAAGAGGAGUGGGGUACAGCGAGGUCCUGCUGGACUACGUCUGGGGGAAACAGCAGCUGCUGCAGCGACAGCAGUCCCAGGCCAGUAACAGACAGCCAAUCACAUCGCAGCACCAGCUGCUCUACAACGGUCACUCCUCCUCCCAGCAGCCCCCCGGAGCCCCGCCCACCUACCAUGGUCACCACAGCGACCAGCGGCGAGUCAAAGUGACCCGCACCAAAUCCUGCGGCCCCUUUCUCCCGGUGCAGCAGAGCCAGUCCGAUACCCAUAAUCCUCCUCUGUCCGCCAUCCAGCCUGAUCCCCACCCCCACCUGCUGCCUCCUCGACCCCCACAGCUGCCCCCCAACCAGGACACACAGCUGGAGGAGGCCACCAGGAGCCUCCACAAGGCCCUCGCCCUGGAAGGUAAGAACUAG